AUGGGAAGCAUUAGUUUUUUGGUCAUGCAUUCUGGGAGGUGGAACAAUGAAAAUUGCUAUGUUGAUUACAGUACAGAAGCAAUUGUGCUAAAAGAGCAUGCGACAUUUAGAGAACUAAUGGAUCUUGUUUCAAAGCAAAUUUGUGUUGACUUGAGAUUUAACAUUGUGAAACUUAAAUAUAAGAUAGAGGGUAGUACUGCACCUCUGGAAAUACACAACGAAAUGGGUGUGAGAGUGUAUGUGUCGUUGAAAAAAGAUAACAAAGAAUUAUCAAAGUAUCCUAUAUGUGUAUCCGUAUUUGUGAAUGACUGUCAAUUAGCUGAUAGAAAUAUGUUUGAAGAUGGAUUCGAAAUGUGUGGGCCUGAUGGAAUAGAUAUAGUUGAUACAGAAGCAUUAGUGCUUAGUGUGCCGAACAAUAGCGAUAACAUGAAUUGCGACAUUAUUACAAACGCCAAACAUAAGGUAGUGUUGGAAGAUCAAGUUUAUAAGGACAAGGGAACUUUAAAGGCUGUGAUGAUGCAAUACGCUAUUGAUCAUAGAUUCCAAUGGAAAACGGACAGAUCGAGUCAAACAUGUUAUACACUUGUUUGUGUCUCUGAUAAUUGUGGGUGGGUGUUGAAGUCGUCAAGUAUCAAUAAAUCUGGAAUGUUCAGAAUUAGAAAAUUCGUAGAUGAUCACACGUGUCCAUUGAAAGAUAAGGUUUAUGAACAACGUCAAGCAACAAGCAAUCUUAUUGGAGGUAUGAUACAACCCAAGUUAGUUGAUCAUAAAAGGAAGUUGACGCCAAAGGAUAUACAACAAGAUGUCAGCUUAGCUCUUGGAGUAAAUGUAUCAUACUCAAUGGCGUGGAAGGCUAAGGAAAAGACUGUAAUUUCUUUAAGGGGUACCCCAUCUGGUUCUUAUGGUAAACUGUCGAGCUACUUAUACGUAUUGGACGCUACCUACCCUGGAUCUCAUAUAAGGAUGAAGAAAACCGAUGAAAAUCAAUUUCUUUAUCUUUUUAUUUCUCUCUUCCCGUUCAUAAAAGGUUUUAAGUGUUGUAAACCAAUUGUCAUAGUUGAUAGCAGCCACCUUAGGGGGACGUACAAUGGAGUAUUUGUUUCUGCAAGUACUGUUGAUGGAGCAGGAAAUAUAUUGCCGCUAGCAUAUGGAAUUAUUGAUUCAGAAAAUGAUGCAUCCUGGACUUGGUUUUUUGAACAGUUUAGAGAAGCGCAUGGCGUUAAAUAUAACAUGUGCGUUGUGUCCGAUCGAAACGAAAGUAUUAUAAAGGCAGUUUCGAGGGUAUUUGAUGGAGUUCCUCAUUAUGCCUGUAUUUGGCAUUUGUGGAAAAAUGUGAAAACACUAUUUAAAAAGUCGCACAAUAGUUUGUCGGAAGUUUUUUAUGGGAUGGCAAAGGCAUACAAACAAUCUGAAUUUGAUGAACUGAUGGAAAAGGUUGAACAAGUUGAUGUUCGUGUAAAAAAUUACUUGGAAUCAGCAGGUUAUGAAAAAUGGGCUAGGGUAUAUGCAACAGUUGAUCGAGGAAUGGUUAUGACAUCAAACAUAGCUGAGUGCAUAAAUGCUUGUCUAUUUGAAGCAAGGGAAUUACCGGUAUACGAUUUUCUUGAGGAAGUAAGACAGAUGUUUGCAAGAUGGAAUUUGAAAAAUCAUACGUCUGCUUCACAUACAUUCACCACACUUUGUGGUAGACCACAAGAGAUGCUUGUUGCUAAUGAAGAAGCAUCAUUACGUAUGAAGGUUGUGCCGUCAAAUAACUAUGUGUUUAGUGUUCAUCACGAAGGUAGAACCUACAUUGUUUGUUUGGAAAAUAAAACUUGUACUUGCAAGAGGUUUCAAAUAGAUGAAAUACCAAGUUCGCACGCUUGGGCCGUUUUAAAGAAGAAACAUUUUGAUGUUCGGCCACAUUGUUCCGACGUGUACAAGCCAAGUAACUUGUUGAAUACAUAUAGCAUUCCAAUUCAUCCGUUACCUGAUCAAAACGAGUGGAAUGUACCUGGGUAUAUUAAGGACCAGAUAGUGCAGCCUCCAAAUCACAAAAAGCUCCCUGGAAGGCCAUCCAAAAAGUAUCGUGACAAGACGUAUAGCGAGCUAUAUGGUAAGAAGAGAAAGAAUUCUUGCAGUACGUGUGGGUUUAAAGGGAACAAUAGGCGUUCAUGUAGGAAUGGACCGCGUAUUGUAUAG